AAAUUAAUCCCCAAAAAAAGAAAAAAUUACGUUACAUGAGAGUGAAAUGAAACCCUAGGCUUUUCUUUUACCAGAAAACCCAAUCUCUCUCUCCCACUGUCUCUCCUCAGUCCUCCCUCCACAACAGUCCGCUACCACCACUCUCCACCGCCGCUGUUCCUUCUUCCCCGCCGUGAGUCAAUCCGCCGACACAUAUCCACAAUUUGUUAGUCCACUGGUUACCUUUCUGGCGUGAUCUGCGUCAAAUAGAACCCUUUGCAUGAGUCCUCCAGCUACACCGAACAUGGAAGAAGAACCAAAGCCUUCCGUUCCAGCCGUUGAUGAUGGCGACCAAGCUGAGUCUCGAUUCACCCACUUUUGCAAGAAUGGACUAGUAUUGGAUGAGAAAGGCCUUAAAGAAGCAAUGAAUCUGCUUGCAGGAACCAAACAUCUUUUACAGGCAAAUGUUUCAUCAAUGGGGAAUUCUGAAGAAGCAGAGCGGUAUUGGUUUGCUUUUAUUUUAUACUCUAUCAAGAAAUUGACUCAGAAAAAUGAGGCGGGUGGGAAGCAAGAGACGGAUAACACUGGGCUUACCUUGUGCGGUAUAUUGAGAGCAGCAAAGCUCAAGUAUUACACUAUCCUUUCUGGUUUACAAGUUUAUAGUCUGUUCCAAUAUUCACUGUUAUCAUUUUUUGUAUUUAACAGCAUUGCAGAUUUUUUUAAAGAGCUGCCUCAGUUUGUUGUUAAGGCUGGUCCAAUUUUAAGUAAUAUAUAUGGCUCAGAUUGGGAGAGCAGGCUUGAGGCAAAGGAGAUGCAUGCAAAUGCCAUUCACCUAAAGAUUCUUAGCAAGUACUAUAAACGUGUAUUUGGAGAGUUCUUUGUGGCAAUGGAUAAUGUUGAAAAGAACUCAUCUGUGGCUGUUCAAGCAUCUGACUACCAUCGCUUUGGAUGGUUACUUUUCUUGGCACUUCGUGUACAUGCUUUUAGCCGUUUUAAAGAUUUGGUGACUUGCACCAAUGGUUUGAUUUCUAUCCUGGCAAUCUUGAUUAUUCAUGUUCCUGCGCGAUUUCGAAAUUUCAACAUUAAUGACUCUUCACGCUUCGUUAAGAAGAGUAACAAAGGUGUGGACCUCCUGGCGUCUCUCUGCAAUAUUUAUAACAAUUCAGAAGAUGAAUUGAAGAAAACCAUGGAGAAAACCAAUAAUUUAAUCGCCAAUAUAUUGAAGAAGCAACCUUGCUUGGCAUCUCAAUGUGAAGCUGAAAACCUGGAGAAUUUUGAUAGAGAUGGGUUGACCUAUUUUAGAGAUUUGAUGGAGGAGUCAUCUCUUCCUUCCAGUUUAAAUAUCUUGGAGAAAGAUUAUGAUGACAUGAUUCGCAACAAGGGUGAAUUAGAUGAAAGGCUGUUCAUCAAUGAAGAUGACAGCUUGUUAGCUUCUGGAAGUUUGUCUGGGGGUUCUAUUUCUGCAAGUGGUGUAAAGCGGAAAUUUGAUACAAUGGCAUCACCCGUAAAGACUAUUACAAGUCCACUCUCGCCCCACCGCUCCCCCGCAUCUCAUGCUAAUGGCAUUCCAGGCAGUGUAAAUUCAAAGAUGGCAGCGACUCCUGUAAGCACAGCAAUGACUACUGCAAAGUGGCUUCGUAGUCUCAUUUCACCACUUGCAUCAAAGCCAUCACAAGAGCUUGAGCGUUUCUUGACAUCAUGUGACAGGGAUGUCACAGGUGAUGUGGUGCGCAGGGCACAGAUCAUAUUGCAGGCAAUAUUUCCCAGCAGUCCCCUUGGAGAACGAUGUGUAACUGGAAGCCUGCAAAGUGCAAGCCUGAUGGACAAUAUUUGGGCAGAGCAACGUAGAUUGGAGGCCUUGAAGUUAUACUAUAGGGUAUUGGAAGCAAUGUGCAGAGCAGAAUCCCAAAUACUACAUGCAACUAAUUUAACAUCACUACUAACCAAUGAGAGGUUCCAUCGGUGUAUGCUUGCCUGUUCUGCGGAACUUGUUCUAGCAACUCAUAAGACUGUAACAAUGCUGUUCCCUGCAGUAUUGGAGAGGACUGGAAUUACAGCUUUUGAUCUUAGCAAGGUGAUUGAAAGUUUCAUUAGACAUGAAGAAUCUCUCCCAAGAGAAUUAAGACGACAUUUGAAUUCCUUGGAAGAACGACUCUUGGAGAGUAUGGUAUGGGAAAAGGGUUCGUCAAUGUAUAACUCUUUAGCUGUCGCUAAACCUUCUCUUGCUGCGGAAAUAAAUCGUCUGGGACUAUCAGCUGAACCAAUGCCAUCAUUGGAUGAAAUUGCAAUGCAUAUUAAUUUCUCUUGUGGAGGUUUGCCUCCUGUGCCUUCCUUGCCUAAGUUCGAGACGUCACCAACUCAGAAUGGGGAUACAAUGUCACCAAAACGACUCUGUACAGAGUAUCGAAAUUCUUUUGCUUCACCAGUGAAAGAUCGGCUUCUUCCCUUCAGCAAUCUUAAAUCAAAGCUACCCCCACCUCCUCUACAGUCAGCAUUUGCUAGUCCGACAAAACCAAAUCCAGGAGGUGGAGGAGAAACAUGUGCAGAAACUGGGAUUAAUAUAUUUUUUGGCAAGAUUAUUAAGUUGGGAGCAGUCAGAAUAAGUGGCAUGGUUGAAAGGUUACAGUUAUCACAACAGAUAAGGGAGAAUGUAUACUGUCUUUUCCAGCAAAUCCUUAAUCAACGGACAUCUCUCUUCUUCAACCGCCAUAUCGACCAAAUCAUUUUGUGUUGCUUUUAUGGAGUUGCUAAGAUUUCUCAACUGAAUCUAACUUUCAAGGAGAUCAUAUACAACUAUAGAAAGCAACCACAGUGCAAACCACAAGUCUUUCGCAAUGUAUUUGUGGAUUGGUCAUUGACACGCCGAAAUGGGAGAAGAGGACAGGAGCAUGUGGAUAUCAUUGCAUUCUACAAUGAAGUAUUCAUUCCCACUGUGAAGCCACUUCUAGUAGAACUUGGGCCUGCAGAAAUCACUACAAAAAACAGCCGGAUGCCUGAAGUGAAUGUUAAAAAUGAUGCUCAAUGUCCUGGAUCUCCUAAAAUAUCAUCUUUCCCAAGCCUUCCAGAUAUGUCACCAAAAAAGGUGUCUGCCACACGCAAUGUAUAUGUCUCUCCACUACGAUCAUCUAAGAUGGAUGCUCUAAUAUCACAUAACUCAAAAAGCUAUUAUGCAUGUGUUGGGGAGAGCACCCAUGCAUAUCAGAGCCCUUCAAAAGACCUGACCGCCAUCAAUAACCGUUUGAAUGGCAACCGGAAGGUCAGAGGUUCGCUCAAUUUCGAUGACAUGGAUGUCGGCUUGGUUAGUGACUCAAUGGUUGCGAACAGCCUCUAUCUGCAAAAUGGAAGUUGUGCAUCGUCGUCGGGUGCCCCCAUGAAGUCCGAGCAACCUGACUCUUAAAUUUAAUGUUAGUGUAAAUUCCCAUUUCUCUUCCUUUCUCAACACACUGGAUGAAUCAAAUACUAGAUAGUUUGAGACGGGGGUUUCGUAGGAGCGGUGACAGAAUGCCGCCACUGCCCCCUUGUACUUUUUUGCUGACUUAGUGUUUUAUUUUUUUAAGUUAGGUCUCUGAUUAGGUUCUGGUAAUUUAUGUUUAUUACCUGCUUUUUGGGCGCUCAGAAAUAUAAUUCACUUGCCGAAA